GGCAGGCACCGAGCGCAGUCUGCUGGAUACCACGGAGUGGGAGUGAGAGCGAGAGAGGCUAGCCUUUAAAUCUCUGCGGUGCAGAGCUGGAAAAGCUGCUUCUCAGCGAAAAUCAGACGCCCUAUUUACUCCGCUUGUUCGCUCCUGUUAUUUUUUCCUGGAGAAAAAAAAGGACUUACUAUUGAGAAGUUGCAACGAGGACUGGUUCCCGUCUCAGCGACCCGACGUGGUAUUUCCUUUAUAAUUAUUAUUGUUAUUUAUUCUGUUUUUGUGAAUGCGCUUCUACUGAAGGGACUGAGGUUUUACUUUUGCACUGAGACGCAUUGCUUUCUACCUCCUGCCUGGUCUCGCUGCCAGAUUAUCCCUGCAGAAGUAGGCUAUAUGACGCAAACCGCGCGCACGGCAUUAGUCUGAAAGUUUUUCCUCCACUACUUUUUUCUUUUUUCUUUUUUUUUUCCCACCUAUCACACGGUGGUUCAUGCUACAGCAAGUCUGUGCGCAGCGGUGGAGGACCUCAAAGAACUAUUGCAUGAAACAAGAAAGGAGAGAAGAGACACUGAUUAAUAAGUCAGUUUUUGCGACGCUCGCAUAUCUGCAAAAGAGUCGCGAGAGCAACAUGAGCGGAGAGAUGAGCAUGGGCCCGGAGCUACCCAGCAGCCCUCUGGCUCUGGAAUAUGUCAAUGAUUUUGACCUGAUGAAGUUUGACGUGAAGAAGGAAGGCCUGGCAGGGCUGGAGCGCAACGCUGUGCGCCAAUGUAACCGUCUCCAACCCCAAGGCUCUGUGUCCUCAACCCCCAUCAGCACACCCUGCAGUUCGGUGCCCUCUUCGCCCAGCUUCAGCCCCACGGAGCAGAAAAACCACCUAGAGGAGCUGUACUGGAUGCCGAACAGCGGGUACCACCAGCAGCUGGACCCGCAGACCCUGUCCCUGACCCCAGAGGACGCGGUGGAGGCCCUGAUUGGAGCCUCAGCUCACGGCCACCCUCCGCCUCCGCACGUUCAGCAGCAGCUGCAGCAGCAAGGCGGCUUUGAGGGCUACAGGGGCCCGCAUCACCAUCACAACCACCACGGCCACGGCCAGCAGCACCAUCACCCAUACGCGGGAGGCAUCCCACACCACCCCGAUGAGCUGUCCGGGCAUCCAGGUGGGCACAGCCACCCACACAGCCAGCACCACCAUCACCACAGUCAGGACCCCGACAGCCCGUCCCCGGUGUCCCCAGAGCCGCUCCAUCACCACCGCCACCAUCACCACCACCAUUCGCACGGCCACCUGAGCCAGUCCGGGGGGCAUCACGGCUCCGGGGGCGGCCUGAACGUGGAGGACCGCUUCUCUGACGACCAGCUGGUGUCCAUGUCGGUGCGGGAGCUCAACAGACACCUACGGGGCUUCACCAAGGACGAGGUGAUCCGCCUGAAGCAGAAGAGGCGAACCCUGAAGAACCGGGGCUACGCGCAGUCCUGCAGGUUCAAGCGCGUGCAGCAGAAGCACGUGCUGGAGAACGAGAAGACGCAGCUGAUAAACCAGGUGGAGCAGCUGAAGGCGGAGAUCGGCCGGCUGGCGAGGGAGAGGGACGCCUACAAACUCAAGUGCGAGAAACUGACGGGCUCAGGGGCCAAUAACGGGUUCCGUGAAGCUGGCUCGACCAGUGACAACCCUUCAUCACCUGAGUUUUUCAUGUGAGUCCUCAUCGCCUUUUCUUGUGAACAAACUUUACCCUCAAACCCCAAAAACUUUUCUUUCUCCACGAGUGACUGAUGCGCAAAAAUACACCUCCCAUACUGUUUAUGAUUAUACCAAUAACAGUAACAAUUAUAUUCAUGUUAGAAGAAUAACCAUCAAAUAGUAUUCUCAUAUAUACUCAUCUCUCCAUCCACGUGUCAGCUGAGAUACAAAGAGCAACGUAGAGAGUCUGUUCAGCAGCAUCUUUGUAGAUUAGUUGCUUCUAGUGAACAGACUUUUUCUUCUUCAGAGAAGAGGAUCGGCUGAUGAACUUUUUCCUUUUUGUUCUUUUAAGGCUUUGAAACUCUGUAAGUAGUGUGGGAUGUUGCGAGGCAGUUGUCUUGUAAUGCUGUCUCCUUAAAAAAGAUGACAUUGUUAUAAAACAAGUAGGCCUCGCAGCCUGCAACACAUUCUAACAAGUGGGCCCUGUAAUCUGAGGAAAAAAAUCUCCAAAACGCAAGACUCAACUUUAUGCAAAUUUCACUUCUGUCUGCUAUUACCCGUCACAGGGGGAGGGAAGGGGUGAGGACAUUUUAUGCAACAUCUCAUUGAUUUAUUGCCUGCUUGGUUAUAUUCGAAUAUAUAUUGAAACAAAAAAAAUCUGCAUUAAAUAUUAAUCCUGCAUGCUGGACAUGUACGGUAAUUCUAUUUUGUACCUUCAUCUUCUCGUGUAUAUUAAGAGCAUGUUGUUGAUCUGCGCUUCUCCAUAGUUUUUGGGGGGGUUAUUAGAGAAAUGCAGCGGGGACAGAACAGCAGGACUGCCGGUGCAGUAUCAUGGUGUGGUGUUUUUUUGUUUUGUUUUCCUUUAUGUUCUUUUUUAAGGGGCUUGUAAAUAUUAUGCAACCGCAAAACUGCACAACAAGAUAGAGGAGGCUGGUUUGAACUUCUUUCUUUCUUUGGGUUGUGUUUUUAUCCAUUUAUUUUUUAUGGUUUCCUUUUUUUAUCAUUAUGGGGGUAUUUGAUCGAGAGAGGAGUGCAUUUUAUUUUGCAUUUAAAACUUUGUGUGUCAAGUGCACUUUUUUGGAUGAUGAUUUGAAAAGUUUUCAUUUUGAAAUUUGUGCAGACCUCCCUCCAGGAAGACAUACUAUGAUUCUAUAUUGUGAUAUUAUUCCAAACAGGCCUGAGUGCAGAGUUUCUAAGAAGAAUUUGGACACGUGUUCCGCGAGGCUGAGGAGACGAACAUGUGGCCACAAUAUUAUUGGAGCCAGAUUGCACUGAGUAAUAGGCUUUUUACGCAUGAAGGCGAGGUUUCUGCAUUCUGUCGAAUACACAUUGUGGCUCAAUGAACUCUGUCUUUUUAAUUCUACGUGGAUUUUGAGCCACUUCCUCAGAAAAAAGUGCUGUCACUUUUAUAACAAACACAAUAAACCCAAACUAAAGCUUACUCAAAUUGGGGGCCACCUGUAGCAUAGCAUUACUGGGGCCUGAUAUUGAUAUUAAUGUUUAUAUUUUUACAAUAUGAAGAUCAGCAUUUGACUUUUCAGGGGUUUCUGUAGAUUCAUAUUUAGAUAACGCGAGCAAUUGAACACAAAGUGGAACUUUUUCAUGCUCUAUGUUUUCCUGAUUUUUUUCCUGCCGGUCAGUAAAAAAGGGGACUCAGGUUGUGCAAAUUCUCAAAAUGAAAACAGUUGUGUAUUUUAUGUAAUACGUUUGUUUAUUUCUCGUCUGUUUUAUUAUUAUUAUUCGAUGAUUCUGGUUCUGCUGGCCAGAUGCAUAGUUAAAGUUUUUAUUUUAAUGAUUUAAAUUAACAAACUGUCAGAUCAUAUCGAAUAAGCAUGGUGCUUGCAUUUGAAACUAUUGUUGAGAAGUCAUGCAUUUAACAAUCUUUUUGUUUUUUUCGUUUGUUACUGAUUCAACUGUGUUGAAAUCGAACUGAAACUGCAGCAGCGGGUUGUUGUUUUGUUUUCACCUGUUCCAUGUAUUUUGCGAUGAUGGGGAUCAAUUUUCAAUCCUGUUUAUAUAAAAAUGAUAGUUAAACACUUAAAUUUGAACUGUUCCAUUCAGGCUGGUUUCUGUUUUGUCUUAUUUUUGGUUGUUUUUGGAAGAAAUUGUUUCCUAUUUUGCUUAUUAAAGUCAUUGAAAUGGCAA